AUGGUGGCCGAGAGUAGUUGUUCCAUGCUCGGCGCUCCUGCUGAGCAUCACAUCGGGAUGCGCGGAAAAGCACAGCGGCCGGCUUCAUCUCGCAGUCGCGCGGCGUGUGGGCAAGUUGUGCAAGCUUUGAGCUCCGCACCCUCUCGGAUCGAAGUCUGGGCCCGUGACUUAGAAGGGGGGCCCUCGGUUCGGAGUUGUUUGAUUUGUCUCUUCAUCUUCGUGUUCAUGGCGAGUUCGGCCUUCGGCCGGCUCCCGCUGCUCUUCCUCGGCCUCUUCGGCCUCUUCACCGGCGUCUCUGCGGACUCGCAGUCGCCGCAGACGCCGCAGUCCCCGCCGUCGGUGAUGCGGAGAGCGGGGGUUGCCGAGGCCGGUCGGCUCUCGCCGAAGCCUUUGAUGCGCUCACAGAGGGAGCCCGGGCCAGAGCCGGCGGAGGUGCUGAAGCCAACCGUCUCGGCUUCCAGCAGAACUUUUCGGCGACCCCUCUUCGACUCCUUGGCAGAGUCUGAGGAUCUUGAUCUCGAUGGCUGUGGCUUGGCGCCCUGGAGCUCCUGGAGUGUUUGCAGCUGCGGUGGUCGGCGCCUUCGAACUCGGGAUGCUUUCGGACUUCUUGAGGAGCAGCUUCAAGGGGGACCCGGAGCUCUCACUCGCUUUUCGGGGGAGCUGCUCGUGAAAGCUCCGGGGCGCUACCUCUUCCGGUGGCCGGAGCAGUGGCCGCUGCAGCGCCUGCAGGUCGGGGCGGCCUUGCGGGCCAGCAACGCCACUACGCGCUGGGUCCGCUACCUGGCCAAGGGGGCUCAUUCCCUCGUGGUCGAGGCCGAAAAGCCGCCCGGCUCCUCCGCGGGCCUUCCCUUGCAGUACCGGGGUCCAGACACGCAAGAGGAGCCCAUCUUGUUGCCGAGAUCGGUGCUGAGGCAUGGAGCUGGAAAGGGCUGUGAGGCCCGUGCGGCUCAAGCCGGUCGCUGCCCCGCCUGUGCGGUGGAUUGCGAAUGGAACGACUGGGCAGAUUGGUCGAAGUGCGUUGCUUCCACCGCUCCGUGUGGAAGAGGCCAGGAGACCCGAAGCCGCUCCGUGCAACGCAGGGCCGCCUCGGGAGAAAAGCCUUCGCUGCUUGAGGGAGGCAGGGCCUGUGAGGGCCAAGGAGUGGAGCAGCGAAGCUGCCACGUAAACUGUGCCCGCACUUUCUGGUGA